AGUGGCGUUCCGUGAGCUGUGAAAAGUAACAGGAUGCACGAAAGAAGCCCCAAAAGGGAGACGCCGAAGAAGAAGGGGGGGGCCGGGAAGUGAGAAGAAACAUGCAUAAAUCAUAACUAGUGCUGGUGUGAGCCAUCGCUCUCGUGCGAUCGGUUAGACAUAAAAUAAAAGUACAAAUAAACGAAAACAUUAACCAAAGUUCAUUGACCGCCCCGAGACCAGGCAGCCUGUGUGUGUGUGUGUGUGUGUGCUCUCAUAGAUAGAACGAGCAUAGGAGAGCAUAUACCCAGACUUCUUUUUUUUUUCUUUCGGGGGCCCCAUUAACACCUGUCACACCAGUCUUUAUCGCGAGUUUUGGGUUAUCUACCCAGGCAACAGUGGGUCGCAAUCACUGAAUAUUAAGUCUCGCGUACAAUCCAACGCCGGUACUCAUGCCAAAUUCCGGCGAAUUGUGACAAGUCGAGAAGCAAGAUCGGUAGCUGUAGCUGAACCAAUAGAAGAAAUCCACAUAUAUGUCACUCUCAAAGCGACAGAAAAUGUCACAGCCGAAGAAGUUUGGCAGUGGUGAUCCGUUUAAUUACGAGGAGCUCAACAUCAUUGGCACAGGCGCCUACGGAACGGUUUUUAGAGCCCGAGACACGAAAACUGGGAAGAUAGUGGCCAUCAAGAAGGUGCGGAUCGCAUUGAACGAGAAUGGAGUGCCAAUGUCCACGCUGAGGGAGAUUGCCCUGCUCAAGCAGCUGAAUGCCAGCGAUCACGCCAAUAUAGUCAAGCUUUUCGAAGUAUGUCAGUUUCUGGAACGCGACGGCCAACUGAUGAUUCUUUUGGUUUUCGAACACCUGGAGCAGGAUCUGUCGGAUCUCAUAGAAAGGCUGCCCAAAUCGGGCAUGUCGCCAGCCACAGUGCAGCGCCUUUCGAGGGAACUCCUAACCGGCGUGGACUUUUUGCACUCCCAUCGCAUCGUCCAUCGGGAUCUGAAGCCGCAGAACCUGCUGGUCUCCGCACAGGGCCACCUAAAGAUAGCCGACUUUGGCUUGGCCAAGACCUAUGACUGCGAGAUGAAGCUCACCUCGGUGGUGGUCACUCUGUGGUAUAGAGCACCGGAAGUCCUGCUUGCACAGUCCUACAACAGCACUGUGGAUAUCUGGAGUGCUGCCUGCAUCAUCUUUGAGAUGUUCAAUCGCAAGGCCCUGUUUCCGGGCACUUCGGAAAAGAAUCAGCUGGACCGUAUCUUCGAACUAACGGGUCGACCCACAGACCAGCAAUGGCCCCAAACCAUCUCAGUGGCCAGGGAGCACUUUCCCAAUCGGCAUCCAAAGAGACCCCGUGACUUUUGUCCCAACCUUUGCGAGUAUGCCGAUGAUUUGUUGAAUCAAAUGCUCUCCUACGACAUCCGAUUGCGACCCUCCGCCUUGGCCUGCAUGGAACACGAGUACUUCCAACAGGAACCGCUCUAACCCUAGGCCAGUGGCGGAACCACUGGGGAAUUCACUUCCCCGGAGACAGCCUGAGCCCCUCCCCACAAAUGGCCUCGCAACGUUCUUGUUACAAUGUUCCUUUUUUAAGUGUAGUGUGUGAAGCAGUUUGUUUUCUUUUUUUUUCGCCCCAGUCCUGUCCAGUUCAGUUUAGCUACUGUGUCCGGAUCCGGCUCCGGAAUGAGGAGGGUAUACCUUAAUAUGUUUGUAGUGUUAAGAUUAUACGUGUAAACAGUGUCGCGACAUAUACUUAUUACUGCCGAUCAACUAUACAUAUAUAUAUAUUUACAUAUAUAGCUGAUACAACCAACUGACGGAUGACCGUAAAUGUGAAACGAUUCUCGAGGACGAACGGAAAGUCCCCCAAAUCGAAAUGUGAUACACAAAGUUCAGGAAUGCAUUAUACAAUUUCAAAAUUUUGUACAACAACAACCACUUAUACAUGUAUGUGUAAUUAUAUUAAACAAUAUAUAUAUAUAUACAGCAACAAAUUAAAU